ACGUGGCAGCCAGUAUAAAAGGGGCGAUGGCUCGUUCGUCAGACAUAAAUGGAUCAUCUAUCCGCCAGUACGGUCCCAUUAUAAUAAAAGGAGGUCGGAUCACCAUUCUUUUUUUUUUAAAUAAAUAAUAGAAACUUUUUGAAAAUGGACAAGAGGCAAAUAAUAGGCAGCGCUACCCGCUACAUCGCUGGAAGACACGCAGUACAAACUGUUUAUUGGCGGAAAUCAGCUGAAAACGGCAAAGGCUUAGUGAAGACGUCUCGUAUGACAUUCUUCGGGAAAAACGAAGGAGCGAACAAGGUGGACAGCGCAGAAAUGUUCGCGAAAGUGAGAGAGAGAUACAAUUAGAAUGAUAUUGGAUUUUAUUCAUCAGUCUGUGAUAUAGUUUGUAAGUUUAGUUUUUUUUUUUAACUUAAUCGAGCGCCCAGUGUACGAUGCGUGUAAGCCGUAACAUGUUAUGUUACACAUAGAGUAAUCACUAAAAUAGUUCGAAUACUUGAAUUAUUUAUGUUUUGCUGAUUUUGUAGGUAAAUUGAAUAAAUAUACUAUGUAAGUACGUCUGGAUUUUCAUUGACUUUUUUAUUUAAAUAUUUUUGAACUCUUUGUGACAUACAUUAUUUUUCAUUUGAAUU